GGCCGUGGGCGCUGCCGCCAUUUUGCUCGCGCCGAGCUGAGGCGGCUGCUGAGGCGACGUCCGCCGGUGCCCUGUACGGGAGAGACGCUCGAGGCCUUCGCCGAGGGCGGUGUCCACUUGUCGCCGCCACCCCCGUCGACGCCGCCAUCAUGCCUUCGUCGCCGCUGCGAGUGGCCGUGGUGUGCUCGAGUAACCAGAACCGAAGCAUGGAGGCGCACAACAUCCUCAGCAAACGAGGAUUCAGUGUCAGAUCCUUUGGAACAGGAACUCAUGUGAAACUCCCAGGACCAGCACCAGACAAGCCGAAUGUUUAUGAUUUCAAAACAACAUAUGAUCAGAUGUACAAUGAUCUUCUUAGGAAAGACAAAGAACUCUAUACACAGAAUGGUAUUUUGCACAUGUUGGACAGAAAUAAGAGAAUCAAGCCCCGGCCAGAGAGAUUCCAAAACUGUAAAGAUUUGUUUGAUCUCAUCCUUACCUGUGAAGAGAGAGUGUAUGACCAGGUAAUAGAAGAUCUAAAUUCUAGAGAGCAAGAGACCUGCCAGCCAGUGCAUGUGAUUAAUGUGGACAUUCAGGACAACCAUGAAGAAGCCACCCUAGGAGCUUUUCUCAUCUGUGAGCUCUGUCAGUGUAUACAACACACAGAAGACAUGGAGAAUGAGAUAGACGAGCUGCUACAGGAAUUUGAAGAGAAAAGCAGCAGGACUUUCCUGCACACGGUCUGCUUUUACUGAAGCUCGCCCUGGUUUCCCAGGCCUAGGAGGUGAAGGAAGCAUGUGCGGCAAGUUCUCUUGACUAUUCCCUGCUCUCCCUGAAGACCACCUUGGACUCUUCCUUUUGUUGAUACUUUUUCCUUCUUGGUGUUCGUUUUUACUUUCAGGUAUUCUGCCACAAGGAGGCAGUGUUACCCAAAUAAAUUGUACAUAGAAAAUGAGAAGAGACACACAUACACAUAAAGGCCAUAUGAGAAAAAUCAAGGUUUUUUUUUUCCUAUCCCACUUUUCCUUCUUCUAAGUGGGAUAUUAAUUAUAAUGAGGAUUUUUUUCUUUUAAUGAAAAAAAGGUUAAUAUUGUCUUUUUUUCCCCAGCUUCUUCAUUUCUUUAGUUGUGCAUUUUUCUUUACUGUAAUUGGCUAGAGUAUACAAAGCUCUGAAUGAAACAGUGGAGUGUAUAUUGCUAAGUAUGAACUUGGCGCUGUCGUCUGACUUCAGAACAGAAGGUUCCUUGUUCCCCUUUUCUGAACCUGGAUCCAGUCAUGUUGCACUAAGGGGAGGUUGUUGAUGGAAAGCCUGGAUUCAGGAUCAGUUUGACAGUGGGUAGGGGAACAGUGGCAGAGCUCCCAUUCUGACUGGCCAGCACAGCCCCCAGCCAUCCCCAGGGACCCUGGCCCUCCUCACGAUGCCUGCCUGCCUUUUCGCUCAGAGAUCUUGCUAAUUGAUGUUGCUGCUGGACAGAUCUGGUUUUGGUUCACUAGGAAGUUCAGCACAGACUCUGAGCAAACUUUUUUGUGGUUGGUUUUGUUUUUAGGUUUUAAAAAAAAAAAAGUAACAAAUUCCCAGAAAGGUUCCUUGUUUUAUUAUUCUUAAGAGAAUCUUCCAAGCAGGAGGAGCCACCUUAGAUUCAGAAAGUGGGGUGCCUGUUCCACAAAAGCUUCCUUAGCACCUUGGAGAGCUCCACCCUCCCUGCUCAUUGGAGGGGCACAGAUGGGCCGCUCUGUUCACUUCAUUCUGGCUGCAGCUCUCUUCACGUUUUUUGUAUAUAACCAAUUUGCUGCUGGGAGCAACAAAGAUGCUCCCCUCAUGCCUGAUGGCGGAGUAGGAUGAUUUACUGAAACCACACAGGUCAGGAAGAUGGCCUUGAUUCUAAAGCCCUGGUGCUCUCCCCAGGCAGGUCUGGUCCAUGCUGGGGUCUGACUCCCUAACUCUUCUGAAGCCUGCAGAAGAGAAUGUGAGCAAUUUGCUGAAGAGCCCUGACAGGAAGGGGAUGGUGGUCAUGUCUCUGGCAUCCACCUCCCAAAGGUCUAGGAUGGGGCUUCAGAACGCCUUGUCUUCCUUAACCCUUGCUGGAUCUGUCAAAUACAAGCUCACCUAUUUUCCUGUCUAGAGUGUCAACCUAUGUUACCUCUUGAGGUAAUAAACUCCUGACUUAAUAAAUUAAAUAAAUAAUAA